UACAAAUACAUAUGUACAAACUGUCUCUCUCUCUCGAUAUCUCUUUCUGAUUCUCUCUUUCGCUUCACCCAGCAGUUGCAGCGCUGCUCUCUGCAGCCGCUGCUCUUCGCAGGGCCACCGCGCCUAUACAUACACGCUGCUCUGUAUGUAUCGCGUACUCUAGCUGUAAAGAGAGAGAAAGAGAGAGAGAGAGAGAGAGAGAGAGAAAGAUAGAGGCUCGUAUAAAGUGUGAUUUGAUUUUGUAAAGGAAAAGCAUUUUACUUUCCCCUGAGGUAGAGCGAGAAACAAAACUAACAGACGCUUUUCUCCUUUUCGCAAUGCGGUUGCGGUGUCUCCGGUAGCUUAGGUGCACGCUUUAUUAUAUGUAUGGUUUAGAGAGAGGAGGAUGAUGAUGAUGAGCGGAUUAAUCGAUCUGAACACCGUGAACAAUGGCGACGUCGACGGGGAAGAAACGGCGGCGGCGACGUCGCCGGAUAAUUCGGAUUUGACGGAGUCUUCUCCCCCGCCGGCGGCGGGGUUGUUGUGUAUGGAGCUCUGGCACGCCUGUGCGGGGCCGUUGAUUUCGUUGCCGAAGAAAGGAAGCGCCGUCGUGUAUCUGGCGCAGGGCCACCUGGAGCACCUCUCCGACUACCCUGCCGUCGCGUAUAACCUCCCUCCUCACGUCUUCUGCCGCGUCGUCGACGUCAAGCUCCAUGCUGAGGUAGCUACUGAUGAGGUCUAUGCACAAGUGUCACUGGUUCCAGACAACCUGAUUGAGCAGAAAUGGAGAAAUGGUGAAGUUGAGGUAGAUAACGAGGAAGUGGAUACCGAAGGCGAUGGGAAAUCAAGAACGCCCCCGCAUAUGUUUUGCAAGACGCUCACCGCUUCGGAUACCAGCACCCACGGUGGUUUUUCUGUCCCUCGCCGAGCUGCUGAAGAUUGCUUUCCUCCUCUGGAUUAUAAACAACAGAGGCCCUCACAGGAGUUAGUAGCAAGGGAUCUUCACGGGAUCACAUGGAAAUUUCGUCACAUCUACAGGGGGCAGCCGAGGAGACAUUUACUUACCACGGGUUGGAGUGCAUUCGUCAAUAAGAAGAAACUUGUUUCAGGAGACGCUGUGCUUUUCCUAAGGAGUGGGGACGGGGAACUUAGGCUUGGAAUCAGAAGAGCAGCUCAAGCUAAAUUUGGUUCACCUUCUUCCGCUUUAGGUCCCUUCAGCCAACGGCUGAAUGUCAGUGGCAUAUUGGAUGUCGUUAACGCAACAUCUACAAGAGGCGUUUUUAAUGUCUGCUACAACCCGAGAGAUAGCCUAUCAAAAUUCGUUGUACCUUACCGCAAAUUCUCUAGAAGCCUUUUGCAUCCCUUUGCCCCCGGAGUGAGGUUUAAGUUGCAUUUUGAAACAGAAGAUGCUGCAGAAAGAAGGUACACUGGACUUGUAAUUGGGGUUGGUGAUGUGGACCCCGUUCGAUGGCCUGGUUCAAAAUGGAGAAGCUUAUUGGUGAGGUGGGACGAUCCAGAUGACACUAGACAUAACAGGGUUUCACCGUGGGAAAUUGAACCUACUGGAACAGUUACUGGACCGAUCAACGUGGUUGUACCUGCUGCAAAGAGGACCAGGAUUGGAGAGGAAGAUUUUCGGGUUCAUGGAGACAGGACAGUUGUAUUAGACAUCCGGAACCCUUCCAGAUUGCCGGUCUUGCAAGGUCAAGAAGUUUUUCAAGUAAAUAAGCCUUACGAUGGCUCUGAUCCUCAACGUGCAGUGUACUUCCCCGGUUUUGAUAGUUCCGGGGUUUCUACAAGAGGCAGAAACGUUAGAGCUCUGCUCGGAGACUACGCUGGUAAAUCAAAAGAAAGCAUUGGCUUUGCUGAAUCUUGCCGGUUCAAUAAGGUCUUGCAAGGUCAAGAAACAUAUCUUAAUAGCCCACCAUACAGGAGAGGCGGCAUUGCCACCAACCAUUUGCAGCAACCCCAUCGGUCCGGGAUCAUUGUUGGAAUUCAAGUGCCAAGCCACUCAACUAGAUGGUCGUCUACACCGAUCCCCAAUCACCACCCUCCAAUGCAGCAGCAGCAGCCAUCUUCCCCCCUCGUUUCCCCCCCUUCUGUGCUAAUGUUUCAGCAAGCAACCUCUCCUGCUCCCGCAACAUUUCAUAAGCAAUCUGGGUUUUCACACCUUCUCGGCCCCCAAUCCUCCUGCAGAAUCUUCGGGUUUCCCUUAUCCGAGGGAAGAAGAAGCGCUGCCUCAGGUGAAGAACGCGAUUCCUCCCACGGUGAAACCACCAGUACUACUCCUCUCAGUGGCAACGAGGCCCGGGUUCUCUUAAAGCCUCAAGCCAUUCCUAGUGCCAUGGGAAGCAGCUAUCCCAAAGCCUCAAGAGAAGUACUUCUUGAUAUAGCACUGUAAGGAUUGGAUUAAUCUCUUCCAGAAAAUGGAGCAGAUCAGUCUAACUUCGUUCAAAUCAAGAACUGAUUCUUAGCUUCACAUUUUUUGUUGCCUGUAAUAUUGCAAUCUACAUUUAAUUAGCAAGGAGUGAUUUAUUUCUGUCAA